CCAACCUUUUAAAUCCUCACCUUCUUUCCUCAUCCGCUCUGCCUGACUGAACUUCCCACCAAACAAACAGUCUCUCUCUCUCUAGAAAACGGUUUCGCUUUCUCUCUCUAGAAAACGGUUAACAGUCCCCAUCUCUCAGUCAGAUUCUAGUGAGGAAGCUCCCAUGGCGACGGAGAACUCCAACAAUCCACUAGUACCGCCGCCGCCAGUUCCCUCUCUCCCCCAGUACCCAGAGAUGAUUAUGGCGGCAAUCGAGGCCCUGAACGACAGCAACGGGUCAAGCAAGUCCGCAAUCGCGAAGCACAUCGAGUCAACGUACGGAGAUCUGCCGGAAUCUCACGUGGCCCUCCUCGCGCACCACCUCAACAAGAUGAAGGACACCGGCGAGCUCGUCCUGGUCAAGAACAACUACAUGAAGCCCGACCCCAACGCGCCGCCCAAGAGGGGCCGCGGCCGUCCUCCCAAGGCCAAGACCCCAGUCCCAGCUGGCACUGUCUCCUCCCCGCCCAGGCCACGUGGCAGGCCCCCCAAGCCCAGGGACCCCUUCGCACCGCCACCUCAGCCCAAGACACAUUCCGGAACUGGAAGGCCACGUGGCCGCCCUCCCAAGAAGGCCAAAACGACACCGUCUUCUGCUCCGGUUUCAGUUCCCACCCCAGCUACGGCAACCGGCGCGCCGAGAGGCAGAGGAAGGCCGCCGAAGGUGAAACAGACCGCCGUGGCCCCGGUCGGUUGUUGAGCCAUAGCUCAGACAGUGAGAGAGGGAGAGAGAGUGUGCUAGUUUUAAUUUAAUUUUAAUUAGUAUGUUUAGAAUCUAGCUUUCGGCUAAUUGAUGAUUUAAUUAGCUUCUUUUCUUAAUUUUUUAUUUAAUCUUUGUUUUCAAGUUGGGGUAUGUGGGUGGAGGGUCGCUGUUGUGAGGUUGUAAUGCGACUGUAAUCCACCAUGUAAAUUGUUCAGCGGCUUCUUGGGCUUUUCUGCCUUUUGCCUCUCUCUAGGUAAAAAAAAAGGGGGUUGAAUUUAAAACCAGACUGAUCCUGA